GGGUACAUUGGAGAGAUCAUGAGGGCAUUUGAAAAAGCUGGGAUAUACAACCAAAACCCUGUUCAUGCUUACUGCAGACCACGGAGGGUAUAUGUAUGGACAUGGAGAGUCUACUCAAGUCUGCAUGUACAUCCCAGCUCUGUUCAUGGGGCCUCAGGUGAAGAAAGGAUACCAGAUAUCUGGAUACACAACAGACAAGGACUUUGCACCCACUGCUCUGAAUGCCCUGGGACUCCAUCCUGGGGAGUACAUGGUCGGAAAAGUGGUGGAGGAAAUCUAUGAGACUUAGUAGCUAUUAAGCACCUCCCAAGAACACGAAAGGAGACUCGGAUUACAAGAACAUUGUCAAUGUAGUAAUGCAUAUCCUGC